GCUCAAUAUAAGUCAAGUAAACAAUAUCGACUGCAGAAACAAAGCAAAAGAAAAGAAAAGGCACAGACAAAAAAAACCAGUAUAUUUGCCUUCCUUCAAUCAUCGUUCGGCUUCGUUCCGAAGGAUCUAAAUAUCCAGAAUGGCACAUAAAACAUUCUCCCUUCUACCGGCUGACAUCAUGGAAUCUCAGCUGUCCAUGAUUGACCUCCUUACAGCCAUGUUCCCAUCACCAGGAGAGCUUGAAAUCCCAGAAUCUACCAGCCAGUGUGUUGGAAAACUCCGGGACUGGUGCCAGGGCCCAACCGGUGUGCCCGCCGGGAUUCCCUCAAACCUAUUGCUCGCGGUUCGUUUACCAAUCGCGGAUGGGGAGAAAAGGAUCCAAGUCAACAUAUCAAUCCCAUUGCAAUGUGAAGAUCCCAAUAUUGAACAACCGCCACCAUUAAGCUAUUCGCUACGGCAGCCGGACUGGAUGUCGAAAGCCGAAGUUACGAAGCUGGCCGCCGCAAUGCCUCAAGAUGAUGUGCUUGAAGCGUUUGAAUACGUUCAGGAGGAAGCCCUCCGCUUUCUUGAGACUCAGAAGAUGUUGGCUGCUGAGUCCGCUACGAAUAGCUGUGAACCGAUCGUGAGGGUUUGGUUUUACUUCCCGUCUUUAUCAACCCGUGAAAAGCGAGACGAUCUUGUCAAUUACGCGGCUGGCUAUUCUCUCACCGGGUUUGUGUUGGCGGGCAAACCUGGCGUCCUGUGUCUAGAGGGUGGAUCGGCGGAUAUUGAUGCAUAUAUGAGCUUCAUCAAGACACACUCGUGGGGCGAUAUCCCUAGUCAUCAGAAAAAGGUCAGUGAGAGAUUCCGGGAGACGGAAGGUGUUCUGAGAGUAUUUUCAGGGAUGCAGGAAAUCACGGACUCUCUGGGUGAACGAAGUGGGCAAAGAGCCAAUAGAGGUGAUAUGCAGGCGUUGGAGGUGUGGCUCCGGGAUAGAGGGUUGCAUGAAGCAUUUGAGCAGGUAAUAUUCUGAGAGCUACGAGUCCUGUUGUAGAACGUGUAUAUAUA